GCAGCACGUGAAGGCAGCAAAAGUUCGAAAAGUAUGGCGGCGGAGUGUUUGACAACAAUAACAGAGCAGUGGAUACGGGACCGACUGCGAUUAAAACAUCCGUGUCUGAGUGAUGUCCGCUCGCUGAGCCUCCCGGGGACAUAUGAGGAGAAGAUCAGACAUCUGGGAAAUGCUCUGAACAACUUCGUCCUUCUCAAGUCUCUGGAUCUGUCCUGCAAUGCUCUCGUCUCUGUUGAGGGGGUGCAACACUUGAAAUCGCUGGAGAGGCUGAUCCUGUACUAUAACUGCAUACCCUCCCUCGAAGAGGUGAAAGUGCUGUAUGAGCUGACAUCUUUGAGAGAGCUGGACCUCCGACUCAACCCUCUGACCAAACGUUACCCAAACUUCCGCCCUUACGUGGUACAUGCCAUGCCCAAUCUACGCAAGCUCGAUAGCUGUUCAGUCAGAGACACCGAGCGCAAAGCUGCCAUAAUGCAGUUCUCCUCUGACAUUUUACCUAACCCGAAGAGCUCCCGUCAAAGUCAGUGUGAAGACAAAAGAAGCAGCGAUGCGAGAUUGGCUCAAGUUAACCGCUUGACCAAGAGGCUCUCUCUCCUGACUGAACCCGAUGAUAUUGUAUUAAACUUUGUGGAGAUGAAUCCUGGAGACAAAAAACCUAUAGAGGAAGAACCAAACGAUUUUACAGAACAGAGGAGCUCAACUCCAAAACAGGAAACGGCUAAAUCCAUCCUGAGGUAUCCCCCCACAAAAUAUGAUAACACCAGGUCGAAAAUGCCACACGUGAAAGAUCUGUCUCAUAAAAAAAGUUCUACCUCAUCAAAAGUGACUGAGAGACCAAAGGUGUCCUUCGGCCCCUAUGUAGAGAAACGCAGACCUGCACCUGGAAAACAGGAGGAUUACCCCAAACAGACCAGACACAUGGCCAAGGGACAUUUCACCCCCAAUCCUGAUCAAAGUCAGCGUCUUUGUUCUUCAUUCAUUAACAUCCGACCUCCCAGUCCACAUCGUCCUGGUUUGAAUCUGUCUGACCCCUCUAACCCCAUCUUACAUCCUCUAAGACUGACCUACUCCAGCUUCAACAAGACAGAAGGGGGCUCCAGCUCACUGCAGCAAGAGGAAAUGAAGAAAAAGGGUAGUUACAGGAAACCCCUGGAGAUGCUUCUUAAUCUUGUGGACAAACACUGGAAAGGAGAGAGGUCACUGCAUCAAAACAACAACUUCCUGUCUCAGGCAGUCCAGAUCCUCUCUAUGAUGGAAAACGAUAUUUCCAUCCGGGAGGCUGAGGUCAGGACCUUAAGACGGGAAGCCGGCGCGCUGAGUGUCCAAGCGGCUGCACAAGAGCAAGGGCACAAAACUGAAGUCCGUAACCUCUCUGCUCAGCUGGAGGAAACUCGCUCUGCAGUUGGCAAACUAAACGAGCAGCUGAGGAUUGUCUUGGAGGAAAAUGUUGCUCUGCAGAAACAGCUCAUCAAGUUAGAGCGACAGUAUCUCAAGUCUAUGAUGAAAAGUUCACCUAUGACUCAGAUUAAAGAGGCUCAGACAGAAGUGGAGGAGCUGAGGAAAGAGAUCGAGGGGCUGAAGGAGAAAGUGCACCAGGCUGAGAAAGUCAAGGAAUCGUCAGAUAUACUGCAAGAAAGCCAGGUCCCUGGUGGCUACCACUGAAGGUUUGCUAGCUGAGCUGAAGGGGAGAGAGGAACGUAAAAGAAGCAUUUGAAUGAGGAGAUACACACCGGUAUGAAAAUAUGUGUCAUAUUAGCAUUGCAGUAAUUGCAUGAGGCCCGGCAGCUAAAGAGUGUUUGUAAUUCAUUUUUUAUUUAUUUAUAGUCCUUGCAGUGUACACUUCAUUUUUGAUUGUAGUAAGUUCCCAGUCGAUUCCAUUAAUGUUUAUUAUUUUCCCCCCAAAAAUUUAUAGAAUGUGUUUUCUUGAUGGAAACAAUGACAGAGAAAGGCCAUUCAUUCAAGCAUGGUUGUGUAUAAUUGUGUCAAGGCCGUUAUGCUAACAAAUGAUUUUAGAGGAAAAUAUGUUCGAGAGAAGGUCACAACGUAUUUCCUGGAUCAAUAGCAAGAUUGCGUCUCUCUUGGCUGUUUUUUUGUUUCUGUUUUUAGGUCAGUUGUGUCUCCAUCUGCUUUGUACACUGCAGUGGAAUGAAUGCAUCUAGAUUCCAGCUGCACUGUGACUUUAUUUAUACCUCUGCCUUGGGGCUGGAGAGCUUCGCACACAUGCACUUUUCUCUCGCAGACACUAAUGCAGGACCUGGCAAACCAGGUUAGACUGUGGACUCUGCAUAAACUCAGCUGAAUGUAGCUUUUACUCUCAUGUGAAUGGUAUACGUUCCUGGAAAAAGCCAUAAUAAAAAAUAAAACAUCA